AUGAAUCGACUUUGCAAACAUUCGCUUGAACAAAUUUUCAACAAUAACAAGAAAUGGGUCUUGUCGAAGACGGGGGCAGAUCCCGCCUUUUUUGAUAAACUUGCUGCGGGGCAAUCGCCCGACUACUUAUACAUAGGCUGUAGUGAUAGCCGAGUCCCUGCCAACGAGAUCAUGGGUCUAGAAGCUGGCGAAGUAUUCGUUCACCGCAAUAUCGCCAAUCUCGUACCCAACGUCGACCUCAAUGUCAUGUCCGUGAUUAACUAUGCCGUGCGACACUUGCAAGUCAAACACAUCAUUGUGUGUGGCCACUACAACUGUGGUGGGGUGAAAGCGGCAUUGACACCGGCCGACUUGGGAUUACUUAAUCCCUGGCUCCGAAACAUUCGCGACGUGUAUCGCUUGCAUGAGAAGGAACUUGAUGAAAUAAAAGAUGAAAGCUCGCGAUACAAUCGAUUGAUUGAACUCAAUGUGGUGGAAUCAUGCAGGAAUGUCAUCAAGACAGCUGCUGUUCAACAAAGCUACCGCGAUAAUCAGUAUCCCAUCGUUCAUGGAUGGGUUUUUGAUCUACGCGACGGCCUACUGAAAGAUCUCGAGAUUGACUUUGAGGCGAUGUUGGAGGAUGUGAAGAAGAUUUACAGUCUAUCGCCGGAUCCCAAUCCCAAAUAA